AGCCAGCACGGACAGCGAGUGCGAGUGAGUCGUGCGAGGAGAGGACGAGAGGAGAGCACCUUCCGCGCCAGCCUGCACUCGCUUCGCGCCCACUCGGCCAAAUCUGUUUUCGACGGAAAAGCUGCGAGGAAAGCGCGUUUUCCGCAUUUUCCACUGCCGGGAUGUUCCAGCGGCAGAAGGUGUGGGUGCCUGACCCUGAGCAUGGCUUCAUCAUGGGGUGCAUCGUCGACUUGGGUCUCGACGAAUGCACCGUGCAGGCAUUUGAUCGAUCCCGGAAACCCUUUGUUUGCGGCCUAGACCGCGUCUACCCCGCUGAGGAGGAUGAAAACAAAGAAGUGGAUGACAACUGUGGUUUGAUGUACUUAAACGAAGCGACACUACUGCAUAACAUUAAAUUGCGCUACAGCAAAGAUAAGAUCUAUACUUACGUCGCUAACAUCCUGAUCGCUGUAAAUCCGUACACUGAGCUGAAGGGCCUCUACUCCAGUGAAACCAUCAAAAAGUACAAGGGGAAAUCUCUGGGCACCAUGCCGCCCCACGUUUUUGCGAUUGCUGACAAAGCUUUCCGCGAUAUGAGAGUGUUGAAGCAAUCGCAGUCCAUCAUCGUUUCGGGCGAGUCUGGAGCUGGAAAGACUGAGUCAACAAAGUACCUCCUCAGAUACAUGUGCGACCACUGGGGCUCCUCAGCGGGGCCAAUUGAGCAAAAAAUUCUGGAUGCCAAUCCUGUGCUGGAGGCCUUUGGAAACGCCAAAACCACCAGGAACAACAACAGCAGUCGGUUUGGCAAGUUCAUUGAAGUGCACUUUGAUUCCAAACACCAAGUGGUCGGAGGUUUCAUUUCCCACUACCUGCUUGAAAAGUCAAGAAUCUGUAUGCAAGGACCCGAGGAGCGGAACUACCAUGUCUUCUAUCAGCUGUGUGCUGGAGCACCUGAAAAACUGAGGCAGCAGCUCCAACUCACGAAACCAGAUGACUUUCACUAUUUGAAGAAUGGUUGCACUCAGUACUUUGUGAGCAACAAUAGCAAGCUGAACAGCAGCCAGCUAAGUAAAGCACACCAGGCCAAAGGUGGCCUAAGAGAUCCCAUGUUGGAUGACUGCAAUGACUUUGUUGAGAUGGACAAAGCAUUGACCAGACUGGGACUUCAGGAGCAGGAAAGGUUUUCCAUUUACUCCACAGUCGCUGCAGUUCUUCACUUGGGAAAUAUUUCCUUUGAAGAAAAUCCCGAGGACACAAAGGGUGGUUGCAGAGUGUGUGCCUCAUCAGAGAAAGCUCUUAAUUUGGCUGCUGGCCUGAUAGGCGCUGACAAAGAAGAGUUGCGUCAGGCCCUCAUCUCCAAAGUCAUGCAGACCAGCAGAGGCGGUCUCAAGGGCACCGUUAUCAUGGUGCCUCUGAAGGUGUACGAGGCAAACAACGCUAGGGAUGCCCUGGCGAAGGCGCUCUACAGCCGCCUCUUUGACUACAUUGUUGGCAGGAUCAACAGGAGCAUUCCUUUCAAAACCUCCAGCCAUUACAUUGGAGUACUUGACAUUGCUGGAUUCGAGUAUUUCACUGUCAAUAGUUUUGAGCAGUUCUGCAUCAACUACUGCAAUGAAAAGCUCCAGCAGUUUUUCAAUCAGAGGAUUCUGAAGGAAGAACAGACCUUGUAUGAAAAGGAGGGGCUCAACGUCAAGAAAAUCGAGUUUGUUGACAACCAGGACUGCAUUGAUUUGAUUGAGGCAAGGGGCAACGGCAUCUUCAGUCUUUUGGACGAAGAGUCAAAGUUGCCAAAGUCCAGUGGAGCUCAUUUCACCACUGAAGUUCACUCAAGACUUGGUGGACACUUCCGACUUGCUCUUCCUCGCGCAUCAAAACUCAGAGACCACAGGGAAGUGCGUGAUGAUGAAGGUUUCCUUGUGCGCCACUUUGCCGGUGCUGUCUGCUACCACACAAGCCAAUUCAUUGAGAAGAAUAACGAUGCUCUGCACGCCUCUCUAGAAGGUUUGGUGCAAGAAAGCCAGAAUCCUUUCGUACAAGUGCUCUUCUCAAACGCCUCACAGCAGAAGGGAAAACUCACCUUCAUCAGUGUUGGCUCCAAAUUCAAGACUCAGCUUGAGGAACUGAUGGAAAAGCUCCGAAGCACUGGUACCAACUUCAUCAGGUGCAUCAAGCCUAAUAUAAGAAUGGUUGACCAUCAGUUUGAGGGCGGCUCAAUUCUCUCUCAACUGCAGUGCUCCGGCAUGACUUCAGUUCUGGAGCUGAUGCAGCAAGGCUUCCCCUCAAGAGCGCCUUUCUCUGAGCUGUACAAUAUGUACAAGAACUAUCUGCCACCCAAGCUGGCUAGACUAGAUGCUAGGAUGUUCUGCAAGGCCCUGUUUCAAGCUCUGGGACUUAAUGAGAAUGACUUCCGAUUUGGCUUGACCAAAGUGUUCUUCAGACCAGGAAAAUUCGCCGAGUUUGACGAAAUCAUGAAGUCAGACCCUGAGAACCUGGCCAAUUUGGUUGCCAAGGUGCAGAAGUGGCUGAUCAUGUCGCGCUGGAAGAAGGCCCAAUAUGGUGCUCUCUGCGUCAUCAAACUUAAGAACAAAAUCGUCUACCGCGCCAAGAACCUGGUGGUGAUCCAGAAGACCGUGCGGAUGCACCUGUGCAAGAAGCAGCACCAGCCCAGGUACCGCGGCAUCAGCAAGAUCAAGAGCCUUAGCUCGAUGCUGACUAGAAUGGAGCAGUGCAUCAGCCAGAUGAAGAAGGACAAAGAUUCCAGUGCGGCAGAAGUGACCAAGCUGAAGAAGGACAUGGAUGCUGCCAUCCAAAGAAUCAAGUCCAAUCCAAAGAUUAAGCCGUCAGAAGUGAGCCUGCUGCAUACCCAGCUGAUGAAUCAGGCCAACACUUGCAUGGCCUCUGUGCAAAAAAGAGUGGAAGCGCAGAAAAUUGCUGAGGAGCAGGAACGUAUCCGCAAGCUGCAGGAGGAAAUGGAAAGGGAGAGAAAGCGAAAGGAUGAGGAGGAGCGCAAAAAGAAAGAAGAAGAGGAGACAAGGAAAAAAAACUCCUUAUUUAAACUUGACCAAUUGCACAGGAAAUCAGAGAUGGAAGCCAGAAGGAAAAUUGAAGAGGAGGAAAGAAAGAAGCUUGAGUUGGCGGAUAAGAUACUGGCAGAGAAACUCCAGGCUGAGAUGGAGAAAGAGAACUCCAAGUACAGGGAGCAAAUAGAGCAAGAGAGAAGAGACCACGAGUUGGCUUUACGGCUGGCACAAGAAACGCACAGCCAGGUCGAGGACAUAACACCAGUGCGGAGCCUCAGCAGGGUGGCGGAAUCCAAGAGUCCCAACAACUAUCGGCUCAACAGGUCUGAGAAUGUGCGAGCGCAGCAGGCAGCCAGCAAGGGCAAGUACGACCUUUCCAAGUGGAAGUAUUCGGAGCUCAGGGACACGAUCAACACUUCAUGCGACAUUGAGCUUCUGGAGGCUUGCAGAAUUGAGUUCCACCGCCGCCUGAAGGUGUACCACGCCUGGAAGGCCAAGAACAAGAGGCGAUCCACCAUGGAUGAAAACGAGAGAGCGCCACGAUCAAUCAUGGAGCAAGCUAGCAAGCCUUUGGUACACGUCAACAACAAUUCCAAAGUUCCAAUCAUCACAGAGCAACAUCGUUAUUUCCGCAUUCCGUUCAUUCGUCCUGGAACUGGUGGCGUCAACGACCAAAACAACAAGAGAGGCUGGUGGUAUGCCCACUUUGAUGGACAGUACGUUGCUAGGCAGAUGGAGCUCCACCCUGAAAAGCAGGCCAUCCUCCUCACUGCUGGAGUGGACGACAUGCAGAUGUGCGAGCUGAGCUUGGAUGAAACUGGCUUGACUCGCAAGCGUGGCGCUGAAAUUCUCGAGCACGAGUUUAACCGCGAAUGGGAAAAGCACGGCGGCCCAAAGUACAAGCCGCGUGCAAAGUGAGACACAACCGGGACCAACCCCUAGUCAGCUGCUUUCAAACUUUUAUCAAAUUUGAAGGGUAGACGGGAUUUUUAUGUAACAUGUUGUGAAGAUUUAAAAAUAGGUUCGCCUCCAUUUAUCACAUUUCAAUUAUACUAUUUAAUGUUGUUUUCUUUGUUUGAAUUUAGCAAGUUUUAGUGCAAUUGUCAAAGUUUCCUCCAGUUUUGAAUGGAUCACAUUAUAUGUGUUAACUUAUGUGUAGAGAGUUAUUUUCCAGCACAAUCACAAUUAAAUCGAUAACUUCUUGUUAGUGCAGCUUAAUGUUGAAUGACACGUUUUGCGUUCUGUAAAUGGUUGAUUGAAAAAUUAAUAUAGUUGUUAUAAUAACUACUUUAAGAACGCAUUUCUUUUGUUGGUAUUAGAGGGAGAACGUAAUGUUUGGAAAUGAGACGCCGUAUGUUGUAGCGAAUCAAAUAAAGACUUUUUUAUUUGCACCUUGA